CAGCCACACCAAACUUGGAAUACCGACGCACGCCUCUGCCUCUGCCAACACCUCUGCAAGAACAUAGCCUGGAAACCAAACCUUGGUAGCUGACAAGGACAGUAAAGGAGCCUCAGGUGACCAAAAUCAGUCAGGAUGGGCAACGAAGUGUCAAGCCAUAAGAAGAAAGGACAAAAGGGUAAAGUUCAAAAUGGGGGUCUCAAUGGUCAUGCUGUGAAUGUCUCCGACAGUGAUCUGACACAGACAGAGCCAAAUGAGGUGACGACCACUCAGUCCUCUACAACAGCACCUCCAUCUACGGAGACCUGCCAGACGGAUGGAGGUGUUCCGCAGCAUUCCAAUGAUAUUGUCGUCCAGGACAAAUUCAUCACCGACUGCGACACGUACGCUGAUUUUGAGGUCAUUCAAAUGCCAGAGCAGGCAACAAAAGAACAACAGACUGUAACUGGUCCUCAGGAUGACUCUGAGAAUUUGGUGGUGGAAACUGAAAAUCCAACUUCCCCAGUAGAUAUCACAAAAGAAAAUGAGGACAAUGUGGAACAAGAGAUAGUACAUAACGAGGUGGAUGUGCUGAAGAAACAAGAGGCAGAGACUGUUACCCCAGUGGAAGCAGAAUGGACCAUCUCAUCUGCAGACAAAAACAUUGAAGAUCUUGAAAACACAAUACCUACAAUCCCUGCCGAGGAGUCAGGAGUUAACGGUGAAGCCACACCAUCAGAUCAAGACAACACUGAGGAUGCCACGAAAUGGGAAAGUGAUGAUGGUUCUCCUGAUUUUGACGUCAUUCCUAUGGCCGAGGAAGAGUCAGAACAACUAUCCCACUCUUCAGAGGAUGUGAAGCACAUUGUUGCAGUUGAAGAGGAGACAACAGAAACCCCAAGUGAACCACAGCCGCACAGUGAAGAUAGGCCAAAAGAUGAAGCAGAACCUGCUACAGAGACUGUGAUUGAUGAAGCUGAACCUGCUACGAAAAGUGUGACUAAAACCUGUUCUGCAUCUGCUGAAGAGUCUGUGGUUACUCAUGAUGGCCCAACAGAAACACAAAGUGAACCAGAGCCAACCAGUGAAGAUGAGCUGAACACUGUAGCUGAUGCUGCUACCGAGAUUGUAAUGGUAGUUGAGGAGACUGUAUCUGUAGUUGAGGAGACCUGUUCUGCGGUUGCUGAGGACUCAGCUGUUACUCAAGACAGCAAAACACAAGAAGAAAGCGAACCACAGCCAACCAGUGAAGAAACUGAGACUAAAGAAGAAGCUGAAGCAGUUACAGAGAUUGUGACUGCCGUUGAGAAGAUUGUAAGUGCAGUUGAGAAGAUCUGCUCUGCAGAGGGGUCAGUCAUUACUCAAGACAGCCCAACAGAAGAACAAAGCGAUCCACAGCCAACCAUGGAAGAAGCUGAAACUAAAGAAGAAUCUCAACUUGCUACAGAGAUUGUGACUGCAGUUGAGGACAUUGUAUCUGCUGUUGAAGAAAUCUGCUCUGUAGUUGCUGAGAGCUCAGCGGCUACUCAAGACAGCCCAACGGAAGAACAAAGCGCCUCACAGCCAACCAGUGAAACUGAGAUUAAAGAAGCUGAACUUGCAACAGAGACUUUGAUUGCAGUUGAGAUCUGCUCUGCGGUUGCUGAAGAGUCAGCUGAACAAAGCAACCUAGAGCCAACCGGUGACAAAACUGAGACUAAAGAAGAAGCUGAAGUUGUUACAGAGAUUGUGACUGCAGUUGAGGAGAUUGUAAAUGCAGUUGAGGAGAUCUGCUCUGUAGUUGAAGAGGACACAGCCGUUACUCAAGACAGCACAACAGAAGAGCAAAGUGACCCACAGCCAACCACGGAAGGAUCUGAAACUAAAGAAGAAUCUGAACUUGCUACGGACAUUGUGACUGCAGUUGAGGAGAUUGUAUCUGCUGUUGAAGAAAUCUGCUCUGUAGUUGCUGAGGCGUCAGCCGUUACUCAAGACAGCCCAACAGAAGAACAAAGCGUCUCACAGCCAACCAUUGAAGAAACUGAGACUAAAGAAGAUGAACUUGCAACAGAGACUGUGACUGCAGUUGAGGAGAUUGUUACUGCAGUUGAGGAGAUCUGCUCUGUGGUUGCAGACGAGUCAGUCACUACUCAAGACAGCUCAACAGAAGAGCAAAGCGACCCACGGCCAACCAAGGAAGGAACUGAAACUAAAGAAGAAGCUGAACUUGCUACAGAGAUUGUGACGGCAGUUGAGGAGAUUGUUACUGCAGUUGAGGAGAUCUGCUCUGUAGUUGCUGAGGCGUCAGCCGUUACUCAAGACAGCCCAACAGAAGAACAAAGUGUCUCACAGCCAACCAUUGAAGAAACUGAGACUAGAGAAGAAGCUCAACCUGCUUCAGAGAUCGUGACUGCAGUUGAGGAGAUUGUUACUGCAGUUGAGGAGAUCUGCUCUGUGUUUGCUGAAGAGUCAGCUGAACAAAGCAACCCAGAGCCAAGCAGUGACGAAACUGAGACUAAAGAAGAAGCUGAAAUUGUUACAGAGAUUGCUAAAGCAGUUGAAGAGAUUGUAACUGCUGUUGAGGAGAUCUGCUCAGUAGUUGCUGAUGAGACUGCAGCUACUCAAGAUGGCAGCAUGGAGGACAUCUCCGAGACAGAGCAUCAUCCUGAGCUUCCAAGUGAUGACACAGACACCCCACCUACGCCUCAACCUGAAAGCACAGCAGAGUCAGUUAACCCACCACAAGAACUGAACUCAACUCUCAAAGAAGGUGAUGAAGGGACUGGAGAAAACGCUGAAUUCCAGCCAGAGGUAGAAACACCAACUGAUGUCACUGAACUGCAAACAGCAGAGGUAGAGGUUCCAGAACCACAGGCCGUGUUGGAUGUCCCGCCACAAGUUGAAGCAUUGCCAUCUGUCAGUGAGGAGUCAUGUGUCAUUGACGAGUCACUGAUAGAGCCAUGUUUAGAGCCAGUUGCAGUAAUUUCUGACGGAGAAGUGUCUUGCGAGGAUCCUGUGCAAGAAGCCUCCGUGAUUACGGUCCACAAAAAAGCACAGCUGACGCGUGGAUUAUCCACUGACGAAUACACACAGCUACUUUUCAAUCUGCAAGGAGCUUGUGCCAACAUCUUAGGGGACUUGUCAGACUUCGGUAUUCAGUCAAUGAAUGUGAACAUUGCCUCAGGAGAUAAUGUGAAGCUCUUGAUUGAGUUUACCCUUUGUCCUAAUGAGGAGGCAAAAGGUGAAUAGUAAUAUUGUCUAGCCUACUGAUGAGUUCAAGGUCCAGUGAAAAAAGACCCCCAUAGACUUCCAUUGCUCUUUUAUCUAAACACAUCAAUCUGGACCAUCUACUGACCAUUCGUUUUUUUGUGUGUUUUUUUUUCAAUGAUUACAAACGAAAUGUGUUACUUUAUACUGUGAAAAAUAAAACUGUAUAGUAUUUCAUUGCUGCUGAGUGAGAACGUUUAAGGAGCCUUGCUGGAUGUGUUCUUUCAAAUAAAAUAUUUUAAUAUUUUAAAAGUCUGUUCAUUCUUUUUAUCCUGAUUUGUGUUAUUUUUGUGCAUCUAAUACAUCUAAUAUGGCUAUGGCUUUUGUCCUUAACAAUUUUCAUGAAAAAAUGGGAGAUUAGAAAUUCAAAAAAGCUUGCUUGCACAUAAUGAAAUGUGCAUAAACUUCUUGAAAAGUGGUACACAUAGCCUGUAAGUCCCCAGCAUUGCUGAAUAUCAAUGAGUGAGGGUGGGGAACAGGCAUUAAUAAAAGGAUUAUUGUUGUGAGUGCCCCGAGUAGGCUGAGGCAUGGCUGGAAUUGUGCUUGUGUCUCAAUGCUGCGAUUAAACUGAGAAUUGCACAUUGGCUGUGGGGUUUUUAAUGCUUCAUCCAAGCUGACAAUUCUCUCUUCGCCUAUAGGAGCCUUUGGUCAUAAAGGACAGUACAGAGCCUGAGCAGUCAGAGGCAGAAUCUCUCCAACCAGGUCCAACUGUUACUGAACAAAGCCAAGCG